AUAAAUUUUCUUUAUUGUAAAUAAUAAAUAGAAAAUGUAAAUAAACGAAUUGACUAAUUUCACAGCCUUACUUUUAUAACCGCGCUUUAGUCCCAGUCUACAAUAGGAGUAGUAAGCCUUAAGUCUUAGGAAAUUAACCAAUCACAGAUGAAUAUGAAGACAAUAAUUGACUAUGAUUGUUUUUGUACAUCGGGACCUACAAAAAUUAACAACCCCUAUAGCAAACUGCUAUUGUUUAUCGUCGUUUUGGCAUCAAAACAACAUCAAACAUGUCACUUAAUGUCAUUUUGAUGUGAAAAAAUACGAAUACUAAUGAAGUGUGUAUCUCAACAAUUGUGACUCCAUUAUUUAUAGCCGAUGCGCCAGCAAGAGCUCAUAUACAAAAUAUAGUUAAUUUUAAUGGAAAGUACGAUUGUCACAUCUGCUAGAUAAAAACAAAAAGAUGUAAACGAGUUUUCGGACAAAAAAUCAUUCGUGUUUAUAAUUAUCUAAAGAAAUAAAUUAAACUAAGGACAGCGGAAAAAAUGGAAGAUCAAGCUAAAAAAUUGUUAAUAAAAAAAAACGAGAUAUUAAAGGUGUUAAAGGUUACUCUGUAGUUUCUUUAUUACCGUUUUUACAUUUGUCCACUUGUCUCUUGCCCGAAUACAUGCAUUCAGUUUUGUUAGGAAUAGGCAAACAAUUCAUUAAUAUUUGGUUUCAUAAAAAAGGUGCAUGGAACAUUGUACAAUAUUUAAGAGAAAUUGAUAAUUUUUUGACUAAUAUUAGACCACCUUAUUCAUUUCAUAGAAUGCCACGAAGUAUUUCUCUCCAUUCCUUUUACAAAGCUUCUGAGAUUUAUAAUUGGAUUUUAUUUUACUCUGUUCCAAUUUUGUCCAACUUUUUACCUGAUAAAUAGGUAUUUCCAACACUGGCUACUUCUAGUUAUUGCUCUCUUUAAGGUAUGUGUUCAUGGUGUCGCUUGUUGCUCAGCGACAGACGAGUCACGUGAUUUUAUAUGUCGCUGAUUUCAACCGUCGCUUGUGUGAACGGAAAGCAGCGACAGAAAGAAAAGAAACAUAACCUAGGUGUUGUGUAAAAUAAAUUCCAAUCGUUAAAUAACCUCAAAGCUCCUCGGGCAGGUUGACGACGCGUGUCCCUUCUUUUUCUUCUUGGGGGACCCUGGAUAUCAGACUACGAAGGAGUCUCAAUGCCAAUAUUUUACUACGCGUGUUCCAAGUAAGACACACAAAAAAGUAAAUUUCAACAUUGUGUGUGUCCAACAUGUCAUAUCAAGAAAGAUAUCACGAGUGGGCCUGUCAAGUUGCUACAAUUAUUUAUAAUAAAAAUGAAGAGCAACGUCGGCGAAAUAAAUUAAUAGUUGCUGUAUACAUUGCAAAGUUAAAAAAAAAUAUAAAAAAAAGAGAUUUUGGAUUGAUCCAUUAUUUAAAAGAUGACGUGAACAUGGUUUUUACUACGCAUCUGUUCCAAGAUUAACUCCAGAAAAUUUUCGAAACUAUUAUCGCAUGACAGUUAUGCAAUUUGAAGAAUUGUUACACUUAGUGGCACCUGCAAUCACUAAACAAACGGUAAUUAGAGAACCGUUACCUCCUGCAGAGCGACUAUCUAUAACAUUGAGAUAUUUAGAAACUGGUGAUUCGAUGCAUUCAAUGUCAUAUCACUUUCUCGCUGGAGUUUCAACAAUAAGCCACGUUAUAGGUGAAACAUGCGAUGCUACAUGGAACUGCAUUCGUCAGAAAGUGAUUCCACCAUCAAAAACAACAGAGGAAUGGCUACACCUUGCUAAAGAAUUUGAAGAGAAAUGGGAUUUCAAUCAUUGCAUAGGCGCAAUUGACGGCAAACACGUUAUUAUUGAAUGUCCACCUAAAGCAGGCUCAUCUUAUUAUAAUUAUAAGAAGACUCACAUAUUGUGCUCCUCGGGGAACUUCCGUUUCCGGUAGCGAGAGUGACUGACGUGUGUGUGUGGAGAGUGCGAGUGAUAAACAGGUAUUAAGGGAUAGGGUGAGACGUGGUGGAGUGCGAGGAGGUGAAGGGAAAGGGAAGGGGCUGGUG